AUGAAAGUAUAUAAAAUGGAUAACGAUCAAAUAGAGCUUCGAAAAUUGCUAAAAAAAUUAAAAAAAAAAAAAAUCGGAUUAUCUUUUAAAGAUGAGCAUAAUCCCAUAAUUGGCAUAAUAAAUAAUGGAGUGGAUGUUGACGAUUAUAUUAAUGAUAUAGAGAGUGAUAAUAAUGUUAAAAAAUAUAAAGACGUUUAUAAUAAUUUUGAAAAUGAUAUAAAUUAUGAUUUUAGUGAGUAUACUGAAAGAAUAAUAGGUUCAUCUAUAAACCAUAAUUUUAAAAUACAUAAUAAAAAAACGGAAGGAAUAUUCAGUACAACUUUUGACCCAAUAUAUCAAGAGCUUAAUUAUGGAACAUUAAGGACUCAAAAAUUAAGAGAAUAUGAGAAUCGAAAAAAAUAUUUUACCCACCCUUUAUCUGAAAUAGAGAGCAACUCUUCUGAUUUUUCUACAAGCUCUGAUCAAAACAACAAAGAUGAAGAAGUGUAUUUGAAAGACAUAACCAAAUGUGGACAUUAA